AACUUUAGUAGGAUAAAAGUGAAAUUUGGAUUUAGCUUCCUCCACUCUUUCCCCUAUUUGGUUCCCAUACAUAAAUAAACCCCAAAACCUCUCCUAAACCCUCCAAAUCCAAUCACCACCACUCCACCGCCAUUAACAACCAUGAAUUCCUUCAACGCCACCACCCCAAAUUUCGACAACCUCCUCCUCCAAUCCCUAAUGAACCGACUCCAAAUUCGCCCUCCUCCUUCAAACCCACCAUCACAAUCCCUCGAAGAUCUCCUCUUCAACACUCUCCCUUUCUCCUUCUCCGACGAAGAUCAAGAAUCCGACGACGAUAACAACAACGACUCCUCAUCCUCUUCCAAGUCGCAGCUCACCAAAGAAGAAUCUAAAGUGGAAAAACACAUAAUCCGCACAAUUCUUACUGGCAAAAUUGAUUCACUAAAACCGAAUUCGGGUCAAGCUGUUGCUAUUGGUGAACACCAUAUAUGUAUUGGGUUUCAUGAGGAUACCGGGUCGGAUUAUCGGGUUUGGGAGUGGCACGGUCAUAUCAUGCUUUUUGAUGAGGAAAAUGGGUAUAGUCCUGAAUACAUUUAUGGAAAUUACUUUGAGAGAGUCAAUGUUAAGCUUAUGAAGAAGAAAGAAGAGGAGAAAGAAGAAGAAAAAGAAGAAGAAGAGGAGAUUCAGGUAGAGGAGAAAAAUGGGAAUUUGGGGUUGAGAGAGUUGAUUGAAUCGAGUGAAUCGGGUAACGAGGGGAGGAUUCUGAGGAGGAAUUUGAAUGCUGGCUCUACAAGGGUCUAGAUGGUGAAAUUUUCAAGUGUUUGCUAUUUUAGACUAAAGGAACACUUUGAGGCUGCUGCUUAUUUUCCCAUGGCUGCAUGGAGUUUUUUUAACAUUCCUUUUCCAAGCUACUUGGUGCUCAAAUAGCAUAGUUGCAAAUUUUAAUCUUGCUGUGGUCUGAAAUUGUGCAUUGAAAAGCAAACUAGGAGCUCCUUUGGUGAGCACCUGAGAAUAGUUCCUGCUUUUCUUUUAUCCACUCUUUUUCCUUUUCCUUUUUCUUUUAUUCUUUUUAACAAAAUUCUCAAUAUACUGCUGUUGAUGUCUGGUGCAACAUCCUAUUUCAGGGUAAUCUUGUGUUAGAUAUUGUUAUUUAUUGUUUCUCAUUCU